AUGAGGACUGUCAUGGGGAAUAGGUUGUGUGACCGUAUUCUGAUUUUUGCUCAUUCUACUGUGGUUUAUGGAGCAUGGGCUACUAUUAAGCUUAAUGUUUUGAAGGAAGGAGUGAGGUUUUUUCAUGGUUUGUUCUAUUCGAGGAUUUGUCUGCCAUCUAUUCAGCCAUGGAACAAAAUCAGGCUGCAGAGAGUUGACAGGGGUGUUGUGGGGUCCGAUGGAUCUAUUCAGGUUACGAGAUCGGUGGUAGCUGUUCCUUCCUAUGCCUCCCUCAUUAUUGGUGCUGAACUGUAUGAUUGUGAAAAAGGGGGAGAGGUUAUCUGCCGAGGGAGAACUUGUUUUCAUGCCAGAGCAUCAGGAGAAGAAACUCAACUCAUUUCGUAUAAUGGUGUUGAAACCCUUCAAGUUACCAUCAGCUAUAUUUGUCUUAGAAUAAUGGAGUUCACCACCAACAUUUUUAGAGGAGAUGAGAACAAGUAUUCAAGAGUAUUGCCAGAAGAUAGAGACAAGAUCCUAUUGAGGAAAGGAUGGUCUGUGGGAAAUUACAACAUAACCUAAAAGGAUCUAGAUUUGGAGCUGGCCUUGCAACAUUAAUAGCCAGAUAAACAGACCUGAGAACCGGUAACUUGUUCAUUAAGACCCUGAAUACUUGUGUGUUUUAAUCUUGCAGUAUUUGAGGUACGACGGUUUAGAUAGUCUGGGUAAAACAUCACUUUAAGGUACGAAGAUUAAACUUGGUGAAGAAAAUAACUGAGUGGGUUCCAAGUACAAAAUCCUUACUAGAGUAGAAUCUGCUGUCGAGUUUAAGAUCGUAGAGGAGGGUAGUUUGAAAAGGAGCAGCAUUUUGUUAGGGGUGGGCACGGUCCGGGACGGUCCGGGAUUGGACCUGUCCCGGUUUUUUGAACCGG